AUGGUAGAAGACGAUACACCAGAGGAGGAGGGCGAGGACGAGGAGGAAGGGGAGACCAAGCUCAUAAGGACGCGCAAGGUGAGGCUGCUACCGAAGAAGCAUCAGAAGCGGAUCCUCAAUGACUGGAGGCAUGCAGCUCGGUAUAGCUACAAUAAAGCGGUGUUCUUGAUGAACGAGACUGCAAGCUACAACAAGAUGUACCUUCGCGAUCUCAUCACCCCAGUCGAAGUCAAUUCCCAUGCGUCGUUCCUUCUGAAGACUCCCAAGAAUGUCAGGGCAGCUGCAGUAUUUGAAGCUGCCAAGAAUGCAAAGGCUUGCUUCACGAAUCUGAAACAGGGGAACAUCACUCAUUUCCGCAUGGGUUUCAGAGCCAGGAAGAAGGAGGACAGGCGAGGAUGGUGUUUGGGUGUCGACAAGAAGGCCAUCAAGGUGAGAGGUAAGCGCACUCUGAUCAUCUAUGGGACCUACUGCCCUUGGGAGUUCGAGACAGUCGGGACCAUAGGUGAGAUCAACAAGGAUUGCAAGAUCCAGUUCGAUGGAGCGCGGUACUAUCUUAUCAUACCAUAUCAGAAGCCUACCCCGGAAGCAAUUGGACAAGGUGAGCGUUCCUUAAUUAAUGAGGUGAAGGAGUCCGUGAUCUCGCUCGACCCUGGUAUUCGGACCUUCCAGACCGCAUACAGUCCUAGCGAGGUCUUCAAGCUUGGAGAUGGCUGUGCAACUCGUCUCUUCUCACUGGCCAUCCAACUGGACAGGCUGAUCUCGUUUGAGAAGAGGAUCAUCAAGAAGCACAGACGGAAGAGGAGAGCAGUGAGACUAAGGAUCCUCAAGGUAAGAAAGAAAUUGGCACACCUCAGAGACGAACUCCAUUACAAGACAGCCGAUUUCUUGACAAGGAAGGCCAAGGUGAUCCUGCUUCCCGAGUUCAAGACCAGCGAGAUGGUCAAGCGGGUCGGCAGGCGGAUUGGAAGCAAGACCGUGCGUCAGAUGUCAUUUCUAUCCCACUACAAAUUUAUGCAGCGGCUGAAAGCCAAAGCCGCUGUCCGAGGCGCCAUAGUACUAAUCGUAUCUGAGCACUACACAAGCAAGACCUGUGGAAGUGCCAAGUCCGGCAGAGUCCUCAAAGGGACCGUGCUCCCUGACGGCUACAGCUACAUCAAAAUUGACAGGAAGUUGGUCAAGAGGUCCCGCUUCAACCUGUCGCUCUCCCUCGGCCGCGACAUCGGGGAGGCGAUGGAGUGCGACCACAUCCUCCCGAUCGAGAAGGGUGGUGGUGACGACUGGGCCAACCUCCAGGAGCUCACGAGGCCGGAUCACAAUCGCAAGACGGCCGCGGAUAACCCUGACUCGGGCAAGAAGUGCGGGAUCACCCUCGGAACUCCCAUCAUCGCGCGCCAUGCACACACCGGAGACGAGACCCGGUUCGAUUCGGUGAAUGCAGCCGUCAAAGCGCUCGGAAUCAAUCACGGACUCGUCGAAAGGUCUCUGAAGGGAGAGACGAUCAGGCGCGACUACGGUUUUUCAUAUACACCAGAGCACCUGGCCGAGCAGGCCGACCUUCCUGGCGAGAGGUGGCUGGAGGCCGUCAGCAGCUGGGGCCUGCUUCCAAAGACCCAGGCGAGCGACCGCGCAUCUCCGGACCACAUCAACGGAGACAAAGCGGACAACCGCGUCGAGAACCUGCGCUGGGCCACUCCGACGGAACAAGGCAGGAAUAAGACGACCAAUCGUAGCGUCAUCCAGCUGGAUCCGAUCACCGGAGAGCAAUUGGCCGUAUUUGGCACCAUAGCGGAGGCAGCAGAGAUCGUCGGGAUCUCUGCGUGCAACAUCGGCAGUGUAGCAGGAGGCCACGGGCUCUUUGCAGCCGGUUGGGGGUGGCAAUACGCAGACGAGAGUAGCGAGUCGUAG